AUGAAAAAAGGACUUGAAGCCAAACAUUUAGCAUCUCUAUGCCCAUCAAUGAUAGAAAACAACCAUCAUCAGCCUGAAACCUCCAAGAAAAUGCUGUCAUUGAGGACUGAGAGUAGGUGACCCAUCCCUAUGGUCAAAGUAUCAAAUACAAACCAGAGAUCAGACCGUAAUCCACAGCAGCAAGAAGGUAUAUCUGUCUUGUAUACAUCUACUCAGUCUCAUCAUACAGACAUUUCCCAGUCAGACCUGGGAUCUCAGUCAAAUGCAACAGAACCCUCAUUACCAAUGCCAGGUACAGCUGUAAAACAUCUACAUUUCCCUUAUGAGGAGUGCGGCAAAGCUUAUCGCACCGCAGGUCUUCGCAACCUACACAUGUCCAUAAGUCACAGUAGUAAGAGAGACCAUCUGUCUAGAGUGUGGCAAGGGUUUUAGGCAAAUAACCUUUGGGAAUAUCACAUGAACAUGCACACAGGAAACAGACCUUAUCAGUGCAGAUUGUGAGGCUAGACACCCACAGCACUGUCUUCGCACAAGACUAUUCAUACAGGUGAGAAGCCCUUUCUUUGCCUGCCCUCAGUGUGGCAGGCACUUCCGCCUCAAAGACAAUCUCACUAACCACCUGGCCACACACUCUACCACCACAAGAAGUCGGCGAAAAGACAAUCUAA